UCUCUAGUACACACUACAAAUUUCAUUAAAUCCGUAGUUUUUUUUCGAAGAAAAUCUGAAAAUUGCCAAUAUCUUCAUGUAUCCAACAACUAGAUAGACAACGAGAGCCAGCAGCCAAAGUGCAGAGUGCAGAAAUCUCAAGGAGCAACGGCCCCAAAACUUCGCGCUUGUUGCGUGGGAAUUUCGGAUCAUCUUCAAUUCCCGUGGCUUCACAAAGGAUCGUUUUGGAUCGUUGCAAAACUGAGAACGCGCUGCCCACCUUUGGAUGCUUGAAAAGUAUUAUGGAAAAAGGAUGCCCAGCUGCUAGCAGUGAAUCCGUGGCCAGAGCAGGGGAGCGAACGCAAUCAGCAGUCAGCGCCGCCCCCGCCGCCAGUCAGGCCACCACGAGCCGCCGCCAAGCAGAAGGAACAGGAUCAAAAGCAGCAGAAGGAGGAGCGACAGUAGGAGCACCCAGAAAAGCCGUAUCUAUGUCAACGUUGCGGGAGGAUGUGGAGGACGUGUGCGUGUCGUCAAACUCACAGCAUGGUUUCGCCGUAGUCCUGGACGACGAGUCCAGCACCUUUGAGAUUAGCUCUUCCAACUCACUGCCCACCAGCGCGGGUGCGGCGUCCACCGUGGGUGUGGUGGCCGUCGACGACAGCUCCUCCACGGAUACCAUCAACGAUGGCCCCGUCCAUGCGCCGCACAGUCAGGUAUUCUUUAACGACCCCGAAGAAGAUGCCGAGGAUCCGCCCGUUGUCUGCCUUAUAAAUGACGACGACGAAGACGACGAGGAUGAUCCUGAUCCGGAUGCGGAGCCGGAGGACGAUGAGGAUGAGGAGUUGAUAGAGGAUGACGACGAUGACAUUGCAGUGGCCGCCAUCGACUGCACCAACACAUCACAAUUGGCAUUGGCCGACGGCACCAUAAUGGCGGCUGAUGGUUCAAAGAUCUUCCUAGAGACGCCCGUCGUGGAGGAGGCCCAGCCGCAUCCUGGUCAAGUUGCAGUCGCUUCACAGUCGGAGCUGACCGGAAAGCCGAAACGUCUAAGCGACGAGUUCCUGCUCGGUGAGGAGGAACAGCCGGAGCAUCAGGCUCAAGGCAGAGGAGGGAUCAAGUCUGAGGCGGGCAUCAGCGUGGUCGACGACCAACCGUCCGAGGGUGACCGCCUUAUGUCAGCGCGGCUGAAGCAGAUGAGCCUCACGGCAAACGCUGUAUCCAAUCCCUCGUCAGCGGACGCUGUCGUCCGAGAGGAGACCGCCUCCACGUCUACCUCCAGAUCCAGCUCUAACUCUAGCGCCGACCUGUCCAAGGCGGAUAUAGAGUCUAUGGAUCUGAUCGAGCGGCGAGACUUUGAGACGGAACAGCGGCUGACGGGUGGCAUUAUCCUGCGCACCAGCUCUAUGUUGAGCCAGAACAAAUUGAAUCUAAGUCUGAUCAAAUCCAUGGCCGGCGGUAAAGCAGCUGGAGGUGCUACCAACGCAUCCAGCAGCGACGACUGGCCUAGCAGUAGCAAUGGGCGCACUGUUUCCUCUGAUAGCAAGUGCACCUACAAGGAUCUGUCGACGACUCCGACAAGCAGUCGCAAAUACACCAACAGCCGGCUGAGCAAGUCCACUGCCAAACUGAAUCUGGGCUCCUCACUAGGAACUUCUUCCAGCUGCAGUCAGCACCGGUCAAGUUCGAUGUCAAAGUCAACGGAAUCUUCGUCGUCGUCGACUACAUGUACGGGAGCUGCACGAACGGAUGUGUACACCAACACCAACUCGAAUGAUUACCCAGGCCUGGUUCCUGCCGCAACAGCCUCGUCCACGUCUGCCAGCAGCUGUCAGCAGGAGCAGGAGGACGGUGCUAGUGUAAGUGCUUCCGUCUCUUACAGCUCAGUGGGAUCGCAGACUUCUCAGGAUGGUGGUGGUUGCAGUCGCACCACCGCCCUUAAUUCCUCGGCAGCUUGUUCUGCCGGAUCCGACUGCUUGGGCGGUGAUGCACAGGCUUCGACAUCGGCUUCCACCGGCACUGGGGCUGGAGGCGCGUCCAACUCGAAUCGUUGCCAAUAUGCAAAUGCUUCGACGACGAAGGCGGUGGCGCGUCAGGUGAAUGCCAGCGCCCAGACACAGGAACGAUUCCUUGGACGCAGCAAUCCUCCGACUGCCAGUGGGUCAUUAACAGGAGCAGCUUCAGCGUCACAAUCCGUAGCAGUAGUGGCGCGACCACGGCGCAACGGCUCCAACGACGUCAUUCACCUGGAGGUGGUUGUCGAGGAGGGAGCUGCUGGUGGUGGUGAUGGCCUGGUGGAGCCCGGCGACUUCAAUGCCGACGAGCCGUGGGGUAAUUGCGACGAAGAGAACAACUGUUCCGAUCUUGAGGAGAUCUGCACUUGCCAGAACGGCAGCAGCUACGGCGGCAGCAAUGCCAGCCUGAGCGAGGCGUAUGACCUGGAUCCCAUGGACCACGAGGAGCCACUUAUUCUUUCGUCCUACAAAGCUGUCAACGUGAAUGGGUCGUUUAACAACAACAGCUCCCUGAUCCCUUCGCAGCAGCGCAAGCGGAAGUUCAACGAGGGACGUCUACUGGAUGGCGCCGACUACUCGAUGACCAUCUCCGCUAGCGGCGGAGCGGGCGAAUCUGGCUCGGGAUUGGGCGAUAACUGUCGCAAGCGGAUUGCCUAUGACUUUGCCUCUACGCCGCGCUCAUCCUCUCAACAUUCGGGACCCACGGCGGUGCUGUCCCUGACGCCCUCGUCACAACACCUCGCUAACGCUACGCCGGGCUCGGGAUUGGGUCGUCGCACACCACGAUCUGUACCGUCACGGGAUAAUCCACCGCCUGAGCUGCAGCACUGGUUGGCCCAGUUCCAGAGGUGGUCGCAUGUCGACCGUUUGCUUGCCUUGGACCGACUGAUUGAUCAUUGCGAUGCCUCGCAGGUCCGACACAUGAUGAAAGUGAUCGAGCCGCAGUUCCAGCGCGACUUCAUAUCACUGCUGCCCCGGGAAUUGGCCCUCUUUGUCCUCUCCUACUUGGAGCCAAAGGAUCUGCUGAGGGCCGCCCAGACCUGCCGAAGCUGGCGCUUCCUGUGCGACGAUAACCUGCUUUGGAAGGAGAAGUGCCGAAAGGCGCAAAUACUGUCCGAACCGCGGACCGAUCGCCCGAAGAGAGGACGCGACGGCAACAUGCCGCCCAUUGCUUCGCCGUGGAAGGCCGCUUACAUGCGCCAGCAUAUCAUCGAGAUGAACUGGCGGUCGCGUCCAGUGCGCAAGCCCAAGGUGCUCAAGGGCCACGACGACCAUGUGAUAACAUGCCUGCAGUUCUCCGGCAAUCGCAUCGUGUCCGGCUCUGAUGACAAUACGCUCAAGGUGUGGUCGGCGGUGAAUGGAAAGUGUCUGCGCACUCUGGUGGGGCACACCGGUGGCGUUUGGUCUUCCCAAAUGUCCGGAAAUAUCAUAAUUUCGGGAAGCACCGAUCGCACGCUCAAGGUUUGGGACAUGGACAGCGGUGCUUGUGUCCAUACGCUCCAGGGACACACAUCCACGGUGCGCUGCAUGCAUCUGCAUGGCAACAAGGUGGUAAGUGGUUCGCGAGACGCCACUCUUCGCGUUUGGGACAUUGAACAGGGCUCCUGUCUCCACGUGUUGGUUGGCCACUUGGCCGCCGUGCGAUGUGUCCAGUACGACGGCAAGCUAAUUGUAUCCGGAGCCUACGAUUAUAUGGUCAAGAUCUGGCAUCCGGAGCGUCAGGAGUGCCUUCACACGCUGCAGGGUCACACGAAUCGCGUUUACUCGCUGCAGUUUGAUGGCCUCCAUGUGGUCUCGGGCUCGCUGGACACCUCGAUACGGGUGUGGGAUGUGGAGACGGGCAACUGCAAGCACACUUUAAUGGGUCAUCAGAGCUUGACCUCAGGCAUGGAGCUGCGUCAGAACAUUCUCGUUUCGGGCAAUGCCGAUUCCACCGUCAAAGUAUGGGACAUCACAACGGGACAAUGUCUGCAGACGCUGUCGGGUCCAAACAAGCAUCAGUCGGCGGUCACUUGUCUGCAGUUUAAUUCCCGAUUUGUGGUGACCAGCUCUGACGAUGGCACCGUCAAAUUGUGGGACGUGAAGACGGGCGACUUUAUUCGAAACCUUGUGGCCCUGGACUCGGGCGGAUCCGGUGGCGUUGUGUGGCGGAUCAGGGCAAACGACACGAAGCUUAUUUGUGCCGUGGGCUCCCGUAACGGGACGGAGGAAACAAAGCUUAUGGUCCUGGACUUUGAUGUGGAGGGGGCUUGUGUCAAGUGCUCAUAGUAGGAGCCAGUGGUGGUUCGCAUCCGGUCCAGCCUGCGAUUGUGCAGACGGGGCAGCAGCAGCAGCUAGUAUACAGCUUCAAGCGAGAUUUCAUUACAAACUCAUCAUCUAUGCACACACACACACUAUCCGUAACGUAAUGUUGAUUGCCUUGCCAACACUUACACACCACACACAACACACACGCAACAUAACAAACAGUUUAGGGGAGAAAAGGAAAUUGGGGUGUGGCUGUGGCUGUGAGUGCUUGUAUUGUUAAUAAUUAAUAACCUUCUUUAAUUUACGUUGCUUCAUAGCCAAAAUUCGUUUUCCACCGUAGAAUAAUUUCGCUUCUUAGUUUGUAAAUCCAUUAAUUAAUCGUGUUUCGGCGAGUCGAUCGAUUUAACUACGUUUAUGAUAAAUAUUAUUGUAGGUAAUAGUGCAUACAUUACGAACAGCAGAUGAUAUACAAUUUGUUCCGCGUCGUGUGAGGAUGAGAGAGAGUGAACAUUUAUAUGAAAACAACAGAGCUUUAUAUUGAUUAAAUUGUAAUUUGUUUAACUGGA